AUGGAAGACGCUGUUCUGGCUCCUUUCUUGGUGAUGGGCAAGCUUGAACAGAGGCUCGCCAAAUUUGCGCUAGCGCGGCCUUCCAGGGCUCCGAGCGAAACCCACACAAAUCCAGAUGACUUUGAGAAUUCUACGAGGACAACGACGACAACCGACGACGCCGCCGCCAAUCUCUUGAUCACCGUUUCAGAGGUUCAAGGACAAUCAAAAUGGCGAACAACAGAUUGCAAUACGUACAACACGCGGUCCAACAAGGUCCGCAUCAUCAAGACUCCUGGCGGCGAGCUCCGUUACCUCCACAUCAAGAAGAAGGGCACUGCUCCCAAGUGCGGUGACUGCGGCAUCAAGCUCCCCGGCAUUCCCGCCCUCCGCCCCCGUGAAUACUCCCAGAUCUCCCGGCCCAAGAAGACCGUCAGCCGUGCCUACGGUGGUUCUCGCUGCGCCGGUUGCGUCAAGGACCGUAUCGUCCGUGCUUUCCUGAUUGAGGAGCAGAAGAUCGUCAAGAAGGUCCUCAAGGAGUCUCAGGAGAAGGCCGCUGGCAAGCGCUAA